AUGCGUUCAGACCUCUUCCUACUCUCAACCCUGAUUUCGGGAGCUUACACGGCACAAAUCAGCGUCGGCCAACAACAACAAUCAGGUGGCAAGAAUUACCAUGUUGCCUGGUGGGAAGGCGAAACCCCCUGUGAUGGACUAGGUCACCUCUUGGGCAGCGUUGACAAGAGCUUAUGCUCUUUCGACUUUCAACUCCAAAAUCAGGGCUCAGUCUACCACUUUGCCUAUUGCGGCACCGAUGACCUGGCUAUUUACAGAAAUGACGGAUCUUUAUACGGGAAAUGUUCGACCAAGGACUUUGGCAAGAAACUCAAGUGCCAGAACAGCCAUGAUAUUAUCAAGCAAUAUGUGUGUGGCUAA